CGUCUGGUCUAGAUGCACGAAAAAUACAGAACCAAAGUUCUUGCUGUUCUAUAGUCUCCCCGUUCCAGACCUUGCGAGCACAAGUUUUGGAAGAGUAGGAGCCUCCGGAACGCACGUCGGCGACGAGUUCACCUGCUCGGGUGAAGACCGGCGAUCACGUUUUUGGGGAGUGUCGCGGCGCGGCACGACUACUCGCUGCAACGUCUUCUUCGUGGUGAUCCCGCUGCAACGUCUUCUUCCCGGUGUUCUCGGCAAGGUCACGGGAUCGUCACUGCUACAUUACUGCACAGCAUCGAGUGGGACGUCUACAUCAGCAAAGUGCUAUGUCGACUAGCGUGAACGGCUUCGAUGCCGCUGGGCCAUCUAUCUCCAGGGACUCUGCUCCAUAUCUCUUGCUGUGCGUGACUAGCUAGCGCAGUACACGUAACACAGCUCAUCACUGGUCAGCCUACUGUACACCGCCAUGGCUGCUCAGAGCAUAGCUCUCUGGCUCCUGACGACGACGAUGGCCCUGCAGGCCGGCACCUCGUGGGCGCAGCUGUCGACGGGCUUCUACUCCAGCUCCUGCCCGGGCCUGUACAGCGCGGUGAAGCCGGUGGUGCAGUCUGCCAUCGACAGCGAGAAGCGCGUGGGCGCCUCCAUCGUGCGCCUCUUCUUCCACGACUGCUUCGUCCAGGGAUGCGACGCCUCGCUGCUGCUGGACGACACGGCCACCUUCCAGGGCGAGAAGAUGGCCACCCCCAACAACGGCUCCGUCAGAGGCUUCGAGGUCAUCGACGCCGCCAAGUCCGCCGUCGAGAAUGUCUGCCCCGGCGUCGUCUCCUGCGCCGACAUCCUCGCCAUCGCCGCCAGGGACAGCGUCGUCAUCCUGGGUGGUCCGAGCUGGGACGUCAAGGUCGGCAGAAGGGACUCGACGACGGCGAGCUUCAGCGGCGCCAACAACAACAUCCCGCCGCCGACGUCGGGGCUCGCCAACCUCACAUCGCUCUUCGCCGCGCAGGGCCUCUCGCAGAAGGACAUGGUCGCGCUCUCUGGUGCUCACACCAUAGGCCAAGCACGCUGCACCAACUUCAGAGACCACAUCUACAACGACACCAACGUCGACGGAGCCUUUGCAAGGACAAGGCAAUCAGGUUGUCCUAGCACCUCAGGAACAGGUGACAACAACUUGGCACCAUUGGACCUUCAAACACCAACCGUCUUUGAGAACGACUACUACAAGAACCUUGUUAGCAACAUGGGGCUCCUACACUCUGACCAAGAGCUCUUCAACGGUGGCGCCACCGACGCGCUAGUGCAAUCAUAUGUUAGUAGCCAAAGCGCGUUUUUUGCAGAUUUUGUGACUGGCAUGAUCAAGAUGGGUGACAUUACACCGUUGACGGGCUCCGCUGGGGAGAUCAGGAAGAACUGCAGAAGGAUUAAUUAACUGAGAGGAUUGGGAGAAUAUUGAGGCUUUUUCUUCAGUCAUAUGUACGUGUUGAGCAACUUCAUGGCUUUAUUUCUCUUAUUUCUAUUCUUUUUUUUCUUUUUGCAAAAUUGUGAAGUCAUUGUGUUGUAUCGAUGUGUUCUCAUCACAUGUCGGUUUGUUUCAUCAAUAAUAAAUGUAUCACUUUUGUCUA